AUGGAGUUUCCGGCAGACCACAACUCCGACCGCGCCAUCGGAAGCAUGUCUCGUCUUCCGGCCGCUGCCGAAGCGCUUCCUGCACAAGAUGGGAAAGCUAUGGCAACGGACAUUGGGUUCAUCGACGACCAGGAGAGCAAUGUCGCUGGUGGCCAUACCGGCAACGGAGCUGCUACGGCAAGCAAUGUCGUGGCUGACUCAGCAGUUUGCACUUCGAUGUCUUCCGCCACAAUCCAACCCUCUACUCCAGAUACCAAGAACUACGAAGCACCGAACAACCUCACAAACCCUGCGCCGACUGAAGCCGAGGAAUCCACUUCCAACCAGAUCAUUGCAUCUAACAACACACUCGGCCCGGAACCUCCCUGCACAACUGUGGCGAGCACCGCGCCUGUGCCCACCUACUAUCCCCCACGCCGCCCAAACAUCUUCAAGGCGCGCGCAAAGCAUCUCCAGUGGGACCGAAACCCCAUCGCAACCGAUGUCGUCAACAAGGCCGAGGGGGUUGUGGAGGACGUUGACGAUGGCGAAGAUUUUACUAUGGAGGACUUGGAGGAGUUCAAUUCCAUAAGAAGACAGCAAAUACAGAAGAAGACGGAGCGGUUCGUACGCAUGGUCCAGCAAACCGUGUGGCAUUUGAGGGUGGAGGAUUUGGGGAGCGUUCAGGAGAUUGAAGAACUCGACCUAAUCAAGACGAUUUCGACAAUGUUUAAGGUUCUCCAACACCAUCGCGCGCUGGCCCGCGCAAGCGAGCAGCAAGAAGACGGUAUCGAAACACCGCUCCGUAGCCCGUACCAGCAGAUUGAAGCGCAUCCGUUCCGUCGCCCAGCGUUUGGAGACAGCCCACCGAAAGCAAAAAGGCUGGCAGACCUCGACACGCAUACCACCGUUCGUGCUCCAAGCGCAACCAAUAACCCCGGUAGCCAGAUGAGCGCCAACAAGGAGAAGACGAGGGACUUCGGCGAAGAUAUCGGUUCACACGUGUUCAACAAGCGCCGUCCGGCCGCACUUAGCGAGGGCUUUCUUUCCAGACUCGCGACACCACUCAAGAUCCAGCCAAACGUCGCCCAGCCCACCAAUGGCUUUAGUCACCAUUAUCUCAGGAGAGGAACUGAUAGCACGGCCACGCCAAAGCACACCAUCUCGACCACGAGAACACAGGCCCUGCCUACACCCAGCGCACCUCUCAUCGAGCUCUCCAAAAAGCAAGACGACACCGCCAAACCUGAGAAGUACAGACAACGCCUCCACGAGUCGCAGUUUUCGCUGAGCUACCUCAAGAGGCGUGACGGCGCUUCGGGCUAGGCACCCGAGCCCGUCAGAGCCGCUGAGAGCUCGGCCUAUAAGCCCGACAACAGUGCAAGGACUAUGAUCAGCACCAGCAAAAUUAGGAAGCAACCGUCGGAAGAAGCGGUGCGCAAGUCGCGG